AUGCAAUUCCUCAGCCAAUCCAUGGGAUGGUCUGAGUGCAUUAUUCUCGCGACAGCGCCUCUCGGCAUCAUCACGAUAAUUGUCGCUGCGAUAAGGGUUGGUGGUCCGUCAUGGCUUAAAGCUUCAAUUGGACGGGCAGCCGAAAACAUUGCUUCGGCUGAAUUGGAGCUUAUGUCCUCCACUUCCAAAGAAGUCUGCGAGCUUUGGAACGGAAAAGAUGUAGUCCGUUGCGCCGGAUCAGCUCCCAUCUGUGAAUUUAUUUGUUUAGUACCUAGCGAAGGGAUGUCGGAGAAUCCCGCAGUGAGGGUAUUGGAAAUUGAAGAAGCCAGUCUUUACAUCAACAAGAGCUAUAGCUCCGAUGCGCCACCACAGCCAAAAAAUGAGGUUAUCAUCGUAAGAAAUACGCGACAUGCCGCGCCGAAUAUCUCGCACAAUCGUUCAAAAAAUAUUGGUCGAGGUGAGCUUUAUCUCACUGCCUGCUGCGGGAUAAUUUUGCAAAUUGGCGUUUUGGUAUACUGUAGCUUUAUCACUCAGUAUUCUAAAAUUACCGCAAGAUUUCAAAAAAAUGGGCAGCCCGUUGGCAGAUAUGCAUUUCCACUUACUCUAGUCGGUACGGUUCUCUUAAAUAUCGGUAUACUCAUCUGCUCCCACGUGGUGGAAAGCAGUACGAAGGAGGAAAUCUUUACACCAGCGGAAGGCUGGCAGGCACGGCUGGUAUGGCUACAACAAGAAAAAAUGGUUGGCGAUCAGGAAUUUAAAUCUUUUGCCCUCUCCACCAGGGAGGAUCAACCAAGGGUUAUCUCUUCUAGUAGAGUGGAUCGACAUCAGACAACCAAGGCCAAUGAGCUUAAUGAAAUCAAAACGAUAAUAGGGACAGUCAUCAGUUUAAUUGGCUUUUUUGCUCAAUUUAUUGGCAUACGAGGUAUGCACUGGUCUGUUUCUAUUGCCUCCUUGGUUGCAGUCCUCAUAAUGACAGCUAUGAGGGCGUGGGUUCGUCGCGGGUUAACAACUCCCAUAAUAUCCGAACCUCUUCUUCCAGGAUUUGAACUCGAUUGGUUUGCGGAUACUUUCAGGGACCUGAAAAAC